GCCUCCUCCAACAUCGAGCUGUCAGUCAGCGCGGAGAGCCCAGCCGGAAACGCUGGAGCUGAGCUAACACCAGCGCACAGCUAUUCUGCCCGACUGAUCUCUCUUUCUCUCUUGGAGGAUUGACUAAUACGCAAUAUUUCGCAGCUCAUAGCCAAUUUCGGAGGUUCUGGAUUUGAAAGAGAAGUAAUAGUCCACGCAUAACCUCGGGAUAGUUCAUUCUUGGGUGUGCUGGCCGCUUGGCAAAUGGAUUCAAUGGAUAGCAUGUCACUAGGGGAGCGCCGCAGUGACUGACUUCAGCCGGGCUGGACCAUCUGUAGUCUGGGAGUUGUAUUGCGUGGAGCAUAGGUUCUGCAAUUGGACGUAUCUAACGGGAAUUGAAAUCGAAUGUAAAGUGUUGUGUUGUCAUCUUUGUGUGAGUCAGGUAGGAAGAGCAUAGUCUGUUUGCCAUGUUGCUAGCGUUGUGUUAACUGCUAGCUAAGUUACUGGAGGGGUUGGUUGGUGUGGCCGCAGCUGGUGAAUCGUGGGGAAGGAAGGGGAGACUGUCUGGUGAUGAGGGAAGUGUUGCACCAGCGAGAUAGCGAUUAACACACCAAGUUGGACAGUGAACUCUAUUAAUAUUACAAAAUCGUACGGCUUUUUCGAUCUCGCAAGGUUGGAUGCUAGUUACCGUUUCAGGCUUAGAGUAGACAGAUAUCUAGGUUUACUGGUGGCUCACAAGCUAGCAUAAGUUUGCAAGCUAUGUUAGCCAGCUAGCUAAACGUAAAUGUCAGUGAACUGAGAGGCGACCAGGACUCCGACAGCCUGCUUUGUAACGAGUUUUCACUGUGAUAGUGAGUCAGUUAUUAUAGCAAACAUGUCGAUUGCUGCUACGGCUGGCAGCAUUGCUGCAUCUUUUGCGAGCAAAACAAAAACUAAAAAGAAACAUUUCGUGGCCCAGAAAGUGAAGCUGUUCCGUGCCAGCGACCCUUUGCUGAGCGUUCUUAUGUGGGGUGUUAACCAUUCGAUAAAUGAGCUGAGCCACAUCCAGAUCCCCAUCAUGCUCAUGCCGGAUGACUUCAAGGCCUACUCCAAGAUUAAAGUGGACAACCACCUAUUCAACAAAGAGAACAUGCCAAGUCACUUUAAAUUUAAGGAGUAUUGUCCGCUGGUGUUUCGUAACCUGAGAGAGCGGUUUGGCAUCGAUGACCAAGACUUCCAGAAUUCUCUGACGCGGAGCGCGCCCUUGACCAGCGAUGCACAGGGCCGCAGUGGUGCGCGAUUCCACACCUCUUACGACAAGAGGUACGUCGUCAAGACCAUCACCAGCGAGGACGUGGCCGAGAUGCACAACAUCCUCAAGAAGUACCACCAGUUCAUAGUGGAGUGUCAUGGCAACACACUUCUCCCCCAGUUCCUGGGAAUGUACCGUCUUACGGUGGACGGCGACGAGACCUACAUGAUUGUCACACGCAACGUCUUCAGCCACAGGCUAUCAGUGUAUAAGAAGUACGACCUGAAGGGUUCCACUGUUGCCAGGGAGGCAAGUGACAAGGAGAAGGCCAAGGAACUUCCCACCUACAAAGACAAUGACUUCAUCAACGAUAGACAAAAGAUCUACAUUGACGAGGACAACAAGAAGAUGUUCCUAGAGAAGCUAAGAAAAGAUGUUGAGUUCCUGGCCCAGCUGAAGCUGAUGGACUACAGUCUGUUGGUGGGCAUCCACGACGUGGAGCGUGCCGAGCUGGAGGAGGUGGAGAGCGAGGACAACGAGGAGGGGGACGAGGGAGAGAGCGACGGCGGCGUGGGGACCCCACCAGACAGCCCGAGCAACACGCUGGACAGCAGCAAGCCGCUCUCGCCCGGCGAGUUUGAUCCCACCAUCGACGUCUACGCCAUCAGGAGUCACGACGCUGCCCCGAGGAAGGAAGUGUACUUCAUGGCGGUCAUCGAUAUCCUGACGCAUUAUGAUGCCAAGAAGAAGGCAGCCCAUGCAGCCAAAACAGUUAAACACGGAGCCGGAGCGGAGAUCUCCACGGUCAACCCUGAGCAGUACUCCAAACGGUUCUACGACUUCAUCACCGCCAUCCUGCCCUAGCUGGGCUGCCUGGCAACCAGCCUCCCGAGGAGGGGGGGGGGCACGCCAGAGGAGGGGGGGUAUCGGCCCCACUGAGCUCCACGCCGCAGCUAUACCACCACCAUUCGUUUACAUUUUACUGUUUGCUUUUGUUUCUGUGUUGGUUUUGUUUUGUUUUUGUUUUUUGUGUUGUGAUUUUGUUUUCCUUCAUUUUGUUUUUGGUUUUAAUGGGACCAUGAGCGUGACAAAGGAGAACUCGUGUGUAAGUGGAGACCGUUUGGGGUGGGAAAUUGUGGCUUCUUAUGGCUUCGUAAUGCAUGUCUGUGACUGCGUUGUUUUAAUAUGUCCUUUUGUUGUUGUUGUUGUUGUUGUUGUUGAUGUUAAUGAUGUUGUUAUUAUUCUUUUGCCUACCUUGUUGGAGGUUUGGAGGAAGGAGAUGGACAAUGUAUUUAAAAAAAAAAAAAUACUUUACAAAAAAUAAAUAUGAAAACAUUAUAAAUAAUUAAAAAAAAAAAAACAUCCACUGAGGAGUGGACAAGAAGUGCAUCAUCCCCUGCAGGAAGCUUCACCUGCUACCUGGAUGCGAGUCCGGGUCCCUCUAUGCGGAUUCAUGGGACCUGGUCUUCCAUCGAGAGGUGGCAUCUGGCCACCCACAGCGCCCCCUCCUGGUUGGCUCUCCCGGCCCGCCGCUCCCGCUCCUGCACCCGCUCUGCUCACUCUGUCGGCCCCCAUGGGCAUGAUGCCAACCCGGCAUCCAAAGACUUAUUGCGAGGCACCUACUGUCUACUUGCCCCCCACCCACCCAUCACCAUCACCAUCACCUAUCCCUGACUGUAACUGCCCACUUCCGCACAUCAGGGCUGUGACCUUCCAGGGGAGGGGAGGGGGGGUGGGGUGGGGUGGGGUGGGAAGGGGGUGGAUGGGGUACGAACGAGGCCUUCAAUGGACAAUGUCUUACUCGAGCGCUGCUUGCUGCAGCAGCUGCCUUGUGUUUAUCUCGGAGCACUGUGGGCACACUGUGGUGUGUUGAAGGGGACAGGACGGUUGGUAGAGACAGGUGGAGCAAGAGAAUCUAAUCAUUGCACAGUUUGCAUCCUCGAGUCUGUUACAGGAGAGAUUGACCUACAUUUGCCAUCUGCACCUUAAACAAAUUGUUGCACUUUUCCCUUUUUUCUUUAAAAACAAAAGAAAGAAAGAAAGAAAGAAAUGGCUGUUUAUUCUGUUACUUGUUGCAACAAAAGUUCUAUUAAAUGCAGGCCAUCAUUUGUUGUUCUGGGAACAGGAGAGAGCUCUGUGUAGAUGAAUGGACAACCAUACGUUACCUCUGUCUCGUUAACAGCACACACACCUUGGUGUGACAUGUCAGUGUUUUAAGGUAGGGGGUGGGCUAUUUGGUGUGACAUGUCAGUGUUUUAAGGUAGGGGGUGGGCUAUUUGGAGAGGAGUUGCUCAUCGGAAGGGGAGCUAUGUUGUGAAUUUUUAUUUGCCAAUUGAUGACCGUUUUUUUUCUGUGUUUUGUGUUUUAGCCUUUUUUUUUGUAAUUUUUUUUUUUUCAUUGAAUGUUUCUGUGUGUAACUAUUAUGUGUCCCUCGAAUGUGUUGGAUUGGCAGUUUUCAAUUGACAAGAAAUGGAAUAUGUUGUAUAUUUUGCACAUAACGAAGAGAACCAAACGAUAACCAUUUUGUCCCACCAGUCGGCUUCUACUUACAAGGGAAAUGAAAAGAUAAUGAACAUGACGGAGUGCUGUUGGUAUUGGUAUUACCUGAACUAGGUAAUGUGCAUUCAAAACUAUCUACCCCCCCCCCCCCAUCUUUCUCUUUAGAAAGCCUCAAGUGUUGAAUUUGGUAAGAGUUACAGAUUAUAUGCACAUAUAUUUUUUUCAUUGCUUUUUAUUCAAAAACUGCUAUCAUGACUAUUUAAAAAGAAGUUAAUGCUGCAGUGUUCGGUUAAAGUGGUCUCAUAAAUGAAGAUUGUUUCUGAAAUUGUACAAUGCUUAAGUACUGUAAAGUGCAUGUUGCAUAAAGCUUUUAUUUUCUGCAUUAUAUGUGGUCGAGUCCUACAAUUUUAUGUUUUACAUGAUAACACAGUUUUUCUCCCCAUAAUAUAAUUUUUUGAAAUGGUCCAAAACUGCUUUAUACUGUUUUCAUACACACUGUGCAAAAAGUGUGCCUUUUUACUCAAGAUUAUUUAAUUUUGUAUUUUGUAAUAUUUUUUCUUUCUAAGGUUAAAAUAUUAUUUUCUAAUAUGAGGGUGGCAUGGAUAUUUCCCAGUUUUCCUUCAUCCUUAUUUGUGGAUGUAUUGGAUGUAUGAUAUCGAUACUGGAAAAUAACGUCAUUAUCCCCUCGGCUUAAAAAAAAAAAAAAAACACGCUUAAUGAUCUUUUCCUUGAAAGACAUCAAGACAUGUGCUGUGACGGACCGGCGGUGUGCCCAUUUUGAUUAGGUGUGUAACUUGCUAUGAGUAUAAUAUUGUGUGGUAAUAGCCCUUCUCAUAAAAGCAUUUUCCUCCCAAUAUUACACAUGUGCUACAGCUUUUUAAACGGGCUAACUGACCCUUCCAUGGUCUUGGGAUUAGCCUAUCUGCAAGCAUUGAAAGGAAGCGUUGAUAUCCUCAUCACAUUUAAAAGGUAGCCUAUAGGCCUAUGCUUCUCUCAAAAAUGGCUCGUUUGUUGUAGAUUCACAGAGGUAAACAGGUAGGCUAUAAUCUAAUCGUAAUGUCCAGAUAUUGAUAUCCUUUCCCGUUGUUCUUAAACGUCAGGCCUAUUUCUCCAUUUUGCAUCCAUGCGGUGAAAACAGAAGCUUAUAAUGAAACAGUGUACUUUUAUCAUUUAGCUCAUGUUUUUUGAUUGUGUUUGAAUGCCGCAGUUGUAGGCAAUGUUUUGUGUGAUUUUCAAACGUGUAAACGUUGAUGGAAAAUAGCUUAAUUCCACCCAUGUCUAUUUCUAGUUUGUUUCAGCCUAAAUUCUUUUGAAAAGGACAAUGAUGGCCACAAUAAACUUCCUUUCCGAUGCGCGUCUGACUCAAGAGUCCGGCUGCCUGUGCGGUAGCAUUCAUGUAAAGCGAAUUAAUCUCAAAACAAUAAAGCACUUUGUCUGCGCUCCUGCCUUCA